GCCGCGGUUCGACACGUCCCGGGCUAGUAGUGGUUGUUCAUAUCAUUGUUCUCCCCGUUGUAGCUGCCUGCUUGUGUUACUUUGACGCCAUGACGAAGAUCGGGAGUGCGUUGAAGAAGGUUGGGUUGUUGGUUGGGGUCAUAGGGACUGUGAGCGUUGCGGUGGUUCGAGCGGAUUGUCCUGACUAUUCAGACUAUUCUUUGACUGCUCAAGGGAACCCGUCUUCGGGUCCCUUGGCUUUGCCCUACAUGAGAUUGAAUGAGACGUGUCGUACGUUCAACAGUUCUGCUGUCGAGCAAGUCAUCUCAGAUAUGAGGUCUCGUUUGAAGGAUCCGGAUAUUGCGAGAUUGUUUGAGAACGCGUAUCCGCUUACUCUCGAUACUACCGUAAAAUACUUCAACGACACAGAGAACUUAGCCUUCAUCGUUACCGGUGACAUCACCGCUCAAUGGCUUCGUGACACUGCCAAUCAGCUCGCAGUGUAUAUGAGCCUCGUUUCGCAAGACUCUAAUCUUCAAUCACUCAUCAAGGGCGUCAUUAACAAUGAAGCUCGUUAUGUCUCUGCGUAUCCCUACUGUGGUGCGUUCCAGCCUCCUCCCGAAAGUGGACUGGAGCCAAGCCACAACGACUACGCCGAUCUCGUCACCGUUAAUCCGCCUGUCGACAAUCAGACUGUGUUCGAGUGCAAAUACGAGCUUGACUCACUUUGUGGUUUCAUCAAGCUUUCUCGGUCGUACUUCCAGAACACGAACGACUCAAGCAUCAUCAAUGACAAUUGGAUAGCCGCCGUCGACCAAAUAUUCCAAGUCAUCGAAGAGCAGUCCCAGGGUACCUUCGACGAUGACUUCAACUUUAUAUCGUACUACAACUGGACGGGCACAUCGGGUUCACUCUCCCCUCCCGUGAACAACGAAGGCAACGGAGAGCCUAAAGCGUACACUGGUCUGGUGGGAACACAUCACAGGCCUUCUGACGACCUCAGUACUUUCGCAUUCCUGACUCCUGCAAAUGCGAUGCUGAGCGUGGAAUUGGGUUAUCUUGCCGAUAUGUUGGACUCGACGGGACAGUUGGCGAAUAUCAGCUCGCUGGCGAGGAACUAUAGUUCUGUGAUCAGUAAUGCUAUCUGGAAUACAACGGUCGUCAACAAUAUCUUUGCCUACGAGACGAACGGAUUUGGAGGUCGUUAUGUGAUGGAUGAUGCGAACGUUCCAUCGUUGCUCGCUCUCCCCUACAUCGGCUUCCUCGAGAAGGAUGAUUCAGCUUACGUCGCCACCCGAAAGGUGCUCUUGUCCCGCCAAAACCCGUACUACGCUGCCGGCAGUAACUUCAGUGGAAUUGGUGGCCCACACGUCAAUGCCUAUUCCCCCUGGCCUAUGUCCCAAAUAUCUGCUAUUUUUGGUACGGAUGAUGACGAUGAGAUCACAAACAGCUUAUACCUGAUUGCCAAUAAUACGAACGGAUUGGGUCUUAUCCACGAAUCUAUCAACAUCUACAACGGGUCGGAUUAUACUCGGCAGUGGUUCGCAUGGGCGAAUUCGUACUUCGCUGAGAUGAUGCUUGAUCUGGCGGAGAGGAAGCCGUACUUGAUCUUUACGAGCAAUGAGAGCUAUGUGCCAGGACAGUAGCCGCAGUCAUACCUGUACAUUUCGUUGAUUCAUGUGGGGAAAAAUAUGAGAUCGG